GGCGCCAUCUUGGAUCAAAGACAGCAGAUUACCAUCCGAACAGUUGUUGUUUAGUUUCAGACCGGACUCCGUUAAACCGGGUUAAACCGCGCUAAACCGGGUUAAACAGGGAACGUUUGUCUCGGGAGAGUACCGCGAGGCUGCUGAUGGACCGGACCGAGCGCGCGGCCGUGAUGAACCGGACCGAGCGCGCGACUGAGACGUUUGUGAGUCAAACGGAGCUGAUUCUGGAGGCGGCGGUGCAGUCCGCCGUGCACGAGCUGCACGAGGACAGCACGGUGUCUGGGGUCCUGGUCCUGAUGAGCAGGGCCGUCCUGCGCCAGGUGGUCCAGGUGUUCAAAGCGCUGUACGCCGGCCUGGUGAAGGAGAACCAGGAGCUGCAGGAGAGACUGGCACAUCUGGAGGAGAAACACAAGACACAGACAGUUUAUCAGAUCAAACCUUCAGGUGGCGCUGCGCUGUCUCUGAACGUUAACCAAUCAGCUGCUGACCCCGCGACCCUCGCCAUGGCGAUCAUCCGCACCGCCAGACGAAGAGCUGCCGCCGCUGCCUCUCCGGUUCCUCUGGUCAUCAUCAGCCAACCAAUCAGAGGCCAGAGCAGCCCCACCCCCCGGGAACCGCCGGAGAAACCACCACAAUCUGAGGCUAGCACCAACACCACGGCUAACGCUAACACCACGGCUGAAGCUAACGCCAUGGCUAACACUAACACCACGGCUGAAGCUAACGGCACGGCUGAAGCUAACGCCAGGGCUAACGCUAACACCACGGCUGAAGCUAACGGCACGGCUAACGCUAACACCAAGGCUGAAGCUAACGCCACGGCUAACACUAACACCACGGCUGAAGCUAACGGCACGGCUGAAGCUAACGGCACGGCUAACGCUAACACCACGGCGGAUGCGAGUCAGACUGACGUUCAGAUGGAGGUGGAGAUAGAAACCAUCUCCACAGACAUGAUGACAUCACUUCCUGUGGCUGGUGACCAGCCAACCAGAGAGCUUUCAGCUGAGUCAGAAGCCCCGCCCACACCUGAAGCUGCUGCU